AGUGAUAGUGGAUACCAUCACAUUAACCACACUCAGCUGGAUGCGUCUGAGGUAUUGGAUCAUAAUGAGAAUGUAAAUUCCUGCAACAAGACUUUUGUUGUCUCUGGAGAAAAUUCCAUUACCUGUAGUCCUGAAAAAACAUUUAAGAACGACAUGUUACUUGGAAAAAAAUACAUUGCUGAUGUAGACCUUAUUGUUCGUUGGAAUGAAAGUGUAAUUCCUAAGACAUAUGCUAUUGAACGUACUAAUCAGAUGACCAUCAAAUAUUCUCCAGUGAAAAAUUCAAUAAGAUCUCCAUAUCCAGAUGCCAGCAAAAAAGAUUGUUUGGAAGAGCUGGAACCUAUAAGCCCUAAAGCUGAAUAUUCUAUUAUGUCUCCUUUGAAAGUCUCCAUUUCCUCCCAAGUUAAAAGAUUUUUUGGCAGACACCACAAAUCUAGAUCUCUAGAUUGUACAGGCUCAUCUGAACAGACUGCAGCUUGUAAAGAGAGGUAUGAAACAGAUCACGAGUUUGCAGAUGAUGAAGAUUCUAAUUUUUCAGACUCCUGGAAUGUCAGUUUUGCCAAUUUUUAUCCACAAAAGAUCGAAUAUCUCAGCAGACUGAUGGAAAUCCCAUGUAAGAAGCAGGCUGCCACAAAUAUACUGAGAUACUACAGACGUCAUGUUUGGUGUGCUAAGAAACAAAAGUUGAACCUCAAGAGAGAAAUUCACAAGGCAAAAAAUGUGAGAAGGCUGACUUCCCUGAAAGCCGACGAUGGAAAGUCACUUUGUACUAUAAAUUUAAAGACAAAGAAACUGGUAGAGACACAUGUUCUGCACAAUUCUGGCAUAGCAGAAUCUGGAGAAAAUGGCAUACAUUCUAGAUACACUAAUGUGACGCCAAAGUUUAAAAAUGCAAAGACUGAAAAUCUCCAAGUUUCUGUUUUAUCUCAAACAUUUACUCUGUCCCCAGAGAAAACUUUCAUUUGUAAUCCAAGCACUGUAUCAACUAGGCCAAAAGGUUCAAUCAAAUGUGACUUUUUGUCUUCCAACCCUUCCAAUCCACAUACUUCAUUAGUGGCUCUAACAGAAAACAGCCAAACUGGUAGAUCUCCAUCAAACCUACCCUCUCUUCCCUGGCUGAACCAAAGGCAGCAGAAAAAUGAAAGAAUUUUAAAGGUUCAGAAAUGGCUAAACAGCAUGGAAAAAGCAGAGGAGCCAAAAGAAAUGCAAAGAACUCUGAAAAGAAGGCAUUCUUUUUCUUCGUUUCCUGUAGUGAAAAGUCCUGCAAAGAACUGUUUAACUUAUGAAAGUUCUUUUGAAGCGGUGUAUAGGAAGUUAGUUUUACAAGAUCCACAGCAGCGGACUUUGCAUAAGGGAAGAAAUAUAAACUUAAUUACACAAACACAUGUUUCUCAAACUUUGAGUGCCCUUAUCAAUUCACCAAUGUCAUACAGAGCUAAAAGAGUUGCAGGUGAUGACUUUAUGUGUUUAUCAAAGUUAAAGAGGCACAGAACUAUGAUUGAACCUCUUAUUCCAGAUGUUUCAAGUCUGGAAUCUAAAUAUAUGAAAAAUUAUAACUCUUACUCAACAACAGCCAGCUUACCUCAGUUGAAUGCUGAUUGGUCAGUAGGCUUAUGUAACAAAAAUUAUCAAAGACCUUAUUUGGAAGUGCAUAUUAAGUGUGUGUGA